UCGUUCUCUCUCUUUCAUUCUCUCUGUCUCGUUCUUUUAUUCUCUGUGUCAUUCUCUCUCUCUCUCAUUUUCUCUCUCUCUUUCUCCUUCUGCCCCCGCUCUCCCCCUCUCCCCCUCCCUCUCUCUCUGUCUGUCUGUCUCUCCCUCCCUCUCUCUGUCUCUCAUUUCUCAUUCUCUCUCUCACUUAUUCUCUCUCAUUCUCUUUCUCAUUCUCUCUCUCUUUCAUUCUCUUUGUCUUGUUCUUUCUUUCUUUCUUUCUUUCUCUUUCUCUCUUUCUCCUUCUUCCCCCUCUCUUCCCCUUCCUCCCCCUCCCUCCCUCUCUCUCUGUCUGUCUGUCUCUCCCUCCCUCUCUCUGUCUCUCAUUUCUCAUUUCUCAUUCUCUCUCUCACUUAUUCUCUCUCAUUCUCUUUCUCAUUCUCUCUCUUUCAUUCUCUUUGUCUUGUUCUUUCUUUCUUUCUUUCUUUCUUUCUUUCUUUCUCUCUUUCUCCUUCUGCCCCCUCUCUCUCCCUCUCUCUCUCCCUUUCUCUUUACAAUCGUCAGAGCUACUCCAGGCAGAGAUGGGGAGACCUUCGGUCAGUCCCAGAGGCGGGGAUUGGCCCUGCGUGCUCCUGUCCUGAGAGGCUCCUCGGCAUUUUGCUCACAUUCAGGGAAGGCGUCCACACUGAAUUCCACCCACCCAAGGAUCCCCAUCUCUCUCCCGGAUCAGAGUCUGAUAAUUCCGUUCCGCCUAAGGACGCCCGUCUUCUCUCUUUCCCGGAUCGGAGCUGGCAAAAGAGCAGCCCAAGUCCCAGGCGGCGACAGCAGCGACGGCAACGGCGGCAGGGAAAUGGCUCAGCUCACUCAGUGGCUUUUGAGAGAGGAAUACUGGCUACCUCCAGGAUUCACCUGGGAGGACAUGCAGGAGACAGAGAACAUCCUCUAUCCCCAACCCCAUCACCUCCUGCUCUGCCUCCCCGUCGCUCUCCUGCUGGUCGGCCUCCGGUUCUUGUUUGAAAGGAAAAUCGCCAUCCCCUUCAGCAAAAAACUGGGUUUGCAAGAAAAGGUGAGAAGGAAACCUUCUCCAAACCCGAUCCUGGAAGCUUUUUACACAAAGAGGAGGAAAAAUCCCCAAAAGGAAGAAGUCAGCGGAUUAGCCAAGCAGUGCGACCUCCAACCAAGGCAGGUAGAGAGAUGGUUCCGGUACCGACUGAAUCAGAACCACCCCAGCGUGACCAAGAAAUUCUGUGAAGCCAGCUGGAGAACCGUGCAGUUCCUCAUUUCCUUUUUCAUGGCAUUGGCCAUCCUUUACGAUAAACCCUGGUUCCGGAAUGUCCGCGAAUGUUUCGAUGGGUACCCACUGCAGCCUCCCCAGCCGAUCCUUUUGGGUUACUAUCUCCUGCAGUUCUCCACCUACUGUUCCAUGAUCAUUACAAUUCCUUUUGACGUCAAACAGAAGGACUUUAGUAUGACAAUGACCCACCAUGUGAUCACUAUCGUACUCUCUAGCUUCUCCUAUUGCCUCAAUUUCAUCCGAAUCGGUUCAGUUAUCAUGUUCCUACACGAUGCUUCCGAUAUUCUACUGUAUAGUGCAAAGAUGUUUAACUACCUGAAGUGGCGGAAAACCUGCAACACACUCUUUGUCAUUUUCUCAGUGCUAUUCCUCUUUUUUCGUGGCAUCGUUUUUCCUUACAAGGUUCUCUACAACACAUAUUACUAUUUGGCGGAGGUCCACCAGCCUUAUUUUGGCUACUACUUCUUCAAUGCCUUCCUGAUGGUUCUGUACCUUCUCGAUGUUUUGUGGUCUUGCAUAAUCAUCCUCAUGAUUUAUAGGUUCCUGAUCCAUGGCAAGCUGGAAAAGGAUGUGCGGAGCGACUCAGAGGGCAGCGAGGAAGAGGAUGUGGAUGAAGUGGACCAGAAGGCAGAAGCUAUUUUCCAAGGCACCCGAAGGCCAAACAAGGAAUAAUGGAUGGAAACUGAUCAAGGAGAGAUUCAACCUAGAAAUAAGGAGAAAUAUUCUGACAGUGAGAACAAUCAACCAAUGGAACAGAAGUUGUCUUCAGAUGUUGUGGGUGCUUCAUCAUGGGAAGCUUUCAAGAAGAGACUGGAUGGCCAUCUGUCAGAAAUGGUGUAGGGUCUCCUGCUUGGGCUAGGGGUUGGAUUAGAUGACCUACAAGGUCCCUUUCAACUCUGUUAUUCUAUUCCUAUUCCUAUUCCUAUUCCUAUUCCUAUUCCUAUUCCUAUUCCUAUUCCUUUCUAUUUCUAUUAUUUCUAUUUCUAUUCUAUCGUCAGGAAAACGGAGCAUCAUGAGGUAAAUCACAAACAACAUAUAGUGCAUACAGAAGAAAAAGGCGGGAAAAAGGGAAACUCCCCCUUUACACCCGCAGCAACCAAUCAUAGCAUAGAUUGCCUCAUGCAGGAGCAGACAAGCUAGUCAGGAACACAGGAAAAUCAUGAGGUAAAUCAAACAGUAUAUAGAACACAGAGAAGAAAACAGACUAGAUAACCUACAAAGAUCCUUUCUAUUCUAUUCUAUUCUAUUCUAUUCUAUUCUAUUCUUAUUCCUACUCCUACUCCUACUCCUACUCCUACUCCACUCCCACUCCCAUUCCCACUCCCACUCCUACGCAUUCCUAUUCCUAUUCCUAUUCCUAUUCCUAUUCCUAUUCCUUUCUAUUUCUAUUAUUUCUAUUUCUAUUCUAUCGUCAGGAAAGCGGAGCAUCAUGAGGUAAAUCACAAACAACAUACAGCGCACACAGAAGAAAAAGGCGGGACAAAGGGAAACUCCCCCUUUACACCCACAGCAACCAAUCAUAGCGUAGAUUGCCUCAUGCAGGAGCAGACAAGCUAGUCAGGAACACAGGAAAAUCAUGAGGUAAAUCAAACAGUAUAUAGAACACAGAGAAGAAAACAGACUAGAUAACCUACAAAGUUCUAUUCUAUUCUAUUCUAUUCUAUUCUUAUUCCUACUCCUACUCCUACUCCUACUCCUACUCCUACUCAUUCCUAUUCCUAUUCCUAUUCUGUUGUCAGGAAAACAGGAGUGUCGUGGGGUAAAUCACAAACAACACCCACAGCAACCAAUCAUAGCAUAUAACCUCAUGCAAGAGUCCACACUUUCUACAAAGUAGCUGUGUGCGUGUGCGCUUGCUUUUUGGGGAAAUGGGAAGUGGGGGGAAGAAUGUGCCUCGGGCCAUCUGUUUUGUGAACAUUGGAGAAGCGAGAUUGUGGUGCCUGACAACUGCCUGUUAUCACCUUCUCAGCUUGAAGUUCUCACCACAUCUUCGCAUCUUGGGAUUGGCUCAAAGUUGAAGUGGACAUUGGGUGAGGCCUUGGAGAAAUCGGUUCAACCCAACGCUUUGGCACGAGAAAUUCAGAUCCUGCCUAAACUCUCUCUGCUACCACUGUCUUCCAAUAAAAAUUCCUUUUGAAAUGC